CGCGUGUGUGCUAGCAGUGCGGGCCGAAAGUCACCCCCAAAGACGCUCCUACCUGACAGAAAGCUGCUCUACAGUCCAUCACCUGGUAACUUACAAGCUGCGACAUGGCUUCUCAACGCACAGGAAUUCUGCUGCUGGCGACGCUGUUUCUGGUGGCGAUUGUCCGGUCUGUCUCCGCCUUGCCGGCCGGGGGAUCCCCACUGAGGGACCGAAGGCCUCGCUUCGUGCACUACGCAGACUCCGACAGUCACUACCAUCCAUGUGGGAGUAGAGGGUUCAGGAGAGACCUUCAACUGACCGCGAAAACUAUCAUUCAGACCAACGAUACUCUGACAAUGAUGAAAGAGGACGCCUUCAUGUCUGGUGUUCCGACCCCCUCCGUUGUCAUCGAGGAGGGCAGUGGUCUGGUUUCGCUGUUCCACAACCUCAGCAGUUACGAGCUGACCAUCCCAACUAUCGUCCUGCACAGCUACAGCGCCACCAUGCGGCAAUCGAUGCACGACACCGCCAGUGACCUGAACAAGCUGCUGUUCAAACUACGCUUUACGUUGCGUGCGGCUGGAGAGUUGGGUGACCAGGGUUGGACGGUGGAGCCUGUUCCUCUCCUAGACGCGGGGGACAGCGAUUACCAGCACUACCGUCGAGACUUCACCUUUUUCCAACAGCUUUUCCAAAUCCUCGAACUGCUGAAAGCUGAACUGGAGGCCAGGCUGGCCGAAUGUUAAAAGUAUGAAGAUAUUCCACACUGUUGUAUAUGAUAGUAUACGUAUACAAUCAUGAAGUGUCGUCAGUAUCUGAUUUCCAAGAUUUUCAAGAUUUAUAAGAAGUAAAUACCAAUGGUAUUCUAACCUGUUCAAGUGAAAACUGAUAGUCUUUUCUGUAAACUAUUGUCAGGAUACAUAAUAUUUAUCUAUUUAUAGUACAUUUAUAUAUAUAGAAAGAGAGACUAUAAGUCAUCAAAAUAUAAUUCAGAUUGUAUUUUAAACGAUAGGAUAUGAUUAUCUAAUUUUCAAUAUGAUGCAUAUGGUAUGAUGCAUAAUCAUAGAUUAGAACCAUCAGCGAUUAUUAGAUAUCUAAUUAGGAACAUCAAAUAUAUCUAUAAAAUAGAUAUAUAAACUAGAUAUUUCUUUACCCGUUUUAUCUUUCUUCCUCUUGAUAUUUCAUUGUGUCUAUUACAUAUUAGAGUCUGUCUGGAUAGAUAUCUGCAAUGUUAUAAUAAAGCAAGAUUUGCAUCAGGUUUGUAACAGUGGAAAUAAAACUUAUGCAGAAAUGCUCACAUGUUGUUGUUACUAUUCCUUGUUGCUGUGUUAGAAGUAGAAUGUAGACAGCAUUGCACACAAUGAAGAAACAAGUUGGAAAAGGAAUAAUGGGGAUAAAUUAAACUACUAGAACUGCAGUGCUUUUUUCGCCGCUAUGGGGCGCUUUUGAUAUGUGACGAUAGUAAUCAAUGUAUUGGCUAAGCUGUUCCUAGACCUGAAGCGAUUUUUCUGGCCAUUACGGGGCGCUUUUGAUCCAUGGUGUGGUGAUCUUGACGUCUCAGAAAUAGUAGUAUAGCUUUUUUUAUGACUCUCUAGUAGAACGGCUGAUAACAUACAAAUACAUGAGAUCACAAAAUAAAGUAUUUUCCA